AUGAAGCCAUUUGAUGAAGAAGAUGGCUUUCCAGAGAAGCUAAUGCAGAAAACUCAGCAAUAUCAUAAGGAAAGAGGACAGCCACCACACUUUGCUCAACCUGGGACAUUUGAAUUUGAGUAUGCAUCUCGGUGGAAUGCUCUUGAUAAAAUGGAAAAGCAGCAGUGUGGGCAGGUUGAUAGAAACAUCAGAGAAGCCAAAGAGAAACUGGAGGCAGAAAUGGAAGCAGCUAGGCAUGAACACCAGGUAAUGCUAAUGAGGCAAGAUCUGAUGAGACAUCAGGAAGAAUUCAGAUUCUUGGAAGAACUCAGAAACCAAGAGCUGCAAAAAUGGAAGCAAAGCCAACUUAGACAUGAAGAAGAAUAUCAUUGUCAUGAGGAAGACAUGAUCAGAUACAGAGAACAGAAGGAACUGAGAGGGAAGCAAGAAGGCUUUAAACCAAACUAUUUGGAAAAUUGUUUUCAGAGGGCUCACUGA